CAUUCUUCAUUUAUUUUGUGGCGGUAGGUCAGCUCAUCAAAAGACCCAAAACAAGAACCAAACUUAAAUUUCAGUUCAAGCGGCCAAUACUAGAACACACACACGCGAAGUACGUGAGAAUGCGUGUGAACCCAUACAUUCAAAUAUGCUGGAGGCACAACAGAAACCAGAAAUUAGCAUCAGCAUCAGAUCUCUGAAAACGAAAAAGGCAUACAAACACAUAUUUUUGUCGAAACGGAACUAUAAUAAAAUGUCCGGAAACGGACUUAGAAAUGAUAAAAAUCCGGGAGCGAUGAGUGAAGUCUCGCAAAAUGCUCGCAGACGGACUUAAAAAAGAGCAUUUACCGGACGACAACCGAUUGACGAUAAAGUCUCGCAAAACUAUCACAAACGGACUUAAAAACGGGUGAAAAAUGGACAGAAAAGUGAAACAUAACGGAAAAGAUAGCUAGGUACGGGUGAAGUCUCACAAAAUGCUCGAAGACGGACUCAGAAAAGAGCAUUUACCGGACGAAAACCGUGCGACGACCAAAGUCCCGCAAAACUAUCACAAACGGACUUAAAAACGGGCACAAUACGCAAGAAACGCCGGAUCACGUAAUAGAACAUGAACGAACAUGUCAAACUGCGGCCCGGCACAACGCCGCCGUUUUUUAGUUUUGUGUUAUUUUGUGAUUAAAAACCGCAGCAGAAGGACGUAAACGGGGAGUUAAAUCGUAAAAAUAGUGAAAAAAAGGAAAAAUCGCCAUCUUCUUGUGCAUCAGGCAACCUGCGUCAACGAAUAUAACAAUUUUCGCUGGAACUGACUUUGCGCACCAUUUUUUUUAUACACAGGGGAGUACUAAUAUUAAUAAAAAAUGCCAUUUAAGCGUAAAAGCCGGAAAUAUAUAUGCGAAUCGAAGCAUAUCAAUAAAAGUACAUCGAACAUUAAUAUUAUUGAAGAAAAUGCAGCAGACUUUAGUUUUCCAGAGCCGUGUAAUGAUUUUUCAAAUGUUUUAGUUCAGAAUUUCGAAUCAACCAGUUUUAAUGUGCGCCUAGGUCAGUGGAUGUCCGCAAAUAAUAUUAGCAAGAGACCAGCUAAUGAUUUGCUCCAGCUUUUGUCCGAAAAAAUUCCAGGGCUACCACGAAAUGUUCGAACUUUGAAAUGUACGCCACGUGGGGUUAUUAAAAGGAAUGUGGCUCCAGGAAGCUAUGUGCACUACGGUGUAAUUCCAGGAUGAACCAUUAUACGAACUUAUUUAACAUGGAUUCUGGAAAUAUUGCACAACUAAAUGAGUAUGUUCCAGACACCCAGCAGUCAUCUAUCAUAGAAAAAAUAAAUAAACUGGACCAAAAAAUGGACCUGAUACUUAAUAAACUCGACGGAAUAAAUAACCUGGACAAAAAAUUGGACAUCAUGAUUAAUAAAAUGGACCGAAACACAGCGCAAAUGGUGGCUCUUCGUUCCGAAAUUGGCUCCAUUAAGGCGAAGGUUUGUGGAGAGAUCCGCAAACCUAAAGAAGUUCUGCCUUGCCAACCGCUCACAACAAUUCAAGAAUUAGACCAUUUUGAGCAUAAAUUGCAGGAAGAAAGUUUCUUCAAAAAUGUGCGGGAUUUAAUGAAAGAUUUUCUUUAGAGGACGCCGAUUUCGACCGAAUCACGCAAAAAUUCUUCCAGUACGCCCAGGACAGAGUGUCGAAGGGGCAAAAAAAAAUUAAAUUUAAUUCACUAAUAUAAUUUUGUAAUCUAUUUAUGUACCACCAAA